CUUUUCAGGGGAGUGUCCUUGUCUCGAGUUGCCUUUGAACACAACACACAGACUUUCUCCUUCCACUCAAAAUUAAACGGAUUUCCGGAAACUGCAUCCACUUCUAACUCAACUCUGACGGCCAUAGAAUGAACACCUAUAUGGGCCUCUUACGGAAUCAUGGUCGGCGCUUGUGGACACUACGGAUGGAUCGAAGGAGCUUCCUCUUCUUCCAACAGCACCGCCUGCACCACCCAGUCACAACGCCCACACCGACGCCGACUGUGGAGCGGCGGGGGAUCGAUCCCAAGUGCCGGUUCAUGCAGUACCGCCGCUCAAACGAAACCUUCAAGCGCCUCGCCAUGGUCUCCGAGGACGGCAGCAAGAUGGUCGAGCUGUCCAGUCUCACCUGCGCCUCGCCCAACAUGCAGGACUUCAUCCAGCAGCGCUACGCCAUGGACAACCUGCUGGACAGUGUGCAGUACAUGAAGGUCGAGGAUGUCGAUGCUGUGGACUUUCAACUGCUUCCCCCCAUCGAGUGCCCCAGCAAGAUCAUAGCUGUCGACUGCAAUUACUUGGAUAAUUGCGAUGAGCAGCACAUCUCUAUUCCCCGCGAGCCUGCCUUCCACGUCAAGUUCUCCAAUUCCAUCACCGGAGCUCUGGACCCCAUCAAGGCCCCCCACUCCAUGAAGCGAAUCGACUACGGAUGUCACCUGGCCGUGGUCAUCGGCAAGAAAUGCAGAGAAGUAACCCCCAAGGAGGCACUUAACUACGUGUUCGGAUUUAUGGUGGCCCAGGACAUCGUGACCAAGGAGAGGAAUGCCGUUCUAGGCGGUCACACGCUAGACACCUUCCUCCCGGUGGGGCCCAUCAUUCUCCACCGCUGCCACAUGCCCGACGUCAACAACCUCUGGAUCCGGACCCUGGUCAACGGCGAGAUCCGGCAGUCUGGCAAUACGCGGGAUAUGAUCUUCAAGGUCGACUUUCUGAUUCACCGUCUGUCUCACUGCCUCACCCUGUAUCCUGGCGAUGUCAUUCUCACUGGAACGCCCGCCGGAGCUGGAGCCUACCAAAAGCCAACGCGCUUCCUCAAGCCCGGCGAUCUCAUCGAAAGUGAGAUUCAAAAUUUAGGAAAAAUGUGCAAUAAAGUCAUCAAUCCCUAUGUCUAGAAGCGAGAAGAUGAGGCUAAGGGAUGACAGGUGACGAAAAAAAAAUAAGAAAAAUUUUACAAAUUGACUUUAAAAUUUUGAACAGAGAAGGAUUCAUGUCUAACGUAUAUAAUGUUUUGAAACAUAUCAGUGUCGUAUGUGUAACAUAUUCAAGUCGACGUUGAUAAAUCCAUGUAUGAACGAACG